AAUCUAUUUGAGCGGGUUUACUGAACUCAGCGUUACAUAACUGCUUGCUACGUUUGUACUUAAUCGGUUUUAGGAUUCUCUGUUUGGAUCGGUAACUUGCCAGUAUUUUUGUGGUUUACUGACCGAACUAUUUACCUUUUUCUGCAAGUUAUUUUAUAAUAUUGUUUAGUGAUUCGUAAAUUCCUUACUGCAGGCAAAUGUUCAAAUACUAUAUUAUUAAAAUAUUCCGACAAUUAAAUUUCAAAAUUGCUUGCCGAUAUGACUACUUUGUAUACUUUCGCCGUCAAAUACUAGUAUAAUAGACAAACUGUCGGGUUUGGAAGAAAUUCUAGCUUAUAUAAUACUAUUCUUGUCUGGCACCUAUCUCCUGAUUUUGUUUGUCAACAGAUUAUGAUUAAUUUCUAAAUAAUGGGAGAAUUCGAAACAAAUGUAUCUAAUCCGGAUAAAUUUGAAACCCUUUCUUUAAAUGAUCCGUCUGAUUCAAAUGAAAUCCGUGAGACCUCUGUUCGCGUAAAAGAAGGAUUUUGCGACGAUCAAGGAGAUUUAGGUCAAAAAGAGAUUGAAAUUAAAUCGGCUCUAGUGCAGCAAACUAAAGAUCUAUAUGAACAGUAUGCUCGGGAACAGUUUCCUAAAGAUUUAGAGAAACAAAAGGCAUUGAUAACUGAAAUGCAGGACCAAUAUUUUGAACACUACCUCUCCGAAGUGUAUAGGUUUCAAAUUGUUCAUCAGCGGCAGCAACUUGAGCAAUUACGAGCGGUAAAAUCGUCUGUGAAAGAUCCUCACGAUGGGAAUGCUGAAUCUGAUAAAGAUUUUCCAGAGCCAUUGCCUCUCAUCCCUGCGACUGUUUGGACUCGUAAAAAUAUUGCAGAAUUCAAACGAGAAAUUCUCGAUGUACAGAAGGAAUGUUGUAUAAAGAUAAGCUCUUUAGCAACCGCAACAGUACGUGUUCCAACUCAUCCAAAUGGGAGAGCAAUAUGUUGGGAAUUUGCUACAGAUAAUUAUGAUUUGGGUUUCGGAUUGUAUUUUGAAUGGGAUUUGGAACCACCUGAAAAUAUUUCUGUUAAUAUUUCGGAGUCAAGUGAUGAAGAAGGUGGUGAAGAUGAGGAUGAAGAAGGACUUAAUAGUGGAAAUUCUGUGGAGCAAACGUCGCCUAAAAACGAAAAUAAAGAAUCUCAUGAUUUGGAAUUAGGCAAAAAGUCAUUACAACAGCGUUUACCUACUGAUGAACUUAUACCAAUCUAUAGAAGGGAUUGUCAUACAGAAGUUUAUUGUGGUACCCAUCAGUAUCCAGGUGUUGGUGUGUAUGUGUUCAAAUUCGACAAUUCAUUUUCUCUGUGGCGUUCUAAGUGGCUGUAUUACCGUAUCUUCUAUACUCAUUGAGUAACUUCAAUCAACCACCGUUCGAAGCAUAUUGAAAUUCUGUUGUUCACAUUCCCUACGUCACUUCCAACUCAAAUUUUUCUGUGAAUCAAUUUGGGUUGUCUUCCCAUUGUUUUAUUUUGCAAAUUGCUUCUGAUCUAAUAUAUAUAUAUAUAUAUAUAUGGCAUUUAUCGCAUUUCAUAAUCAUGCAUUAAAAUUCUGCAUAAUUGAUUACCGGCUACCUAAAGUAUCCUUCAUAUUUUGGCUUUUUCUGUUUUACAACAUAUAAGUAUUUUAUGUUGGGAUGAAUUAAAUUGCUUUUUUUUUGAACAUUCAUUUCACUUAUGGUAUUUUCUAAUAAUGAAUUUUUUCUGGUCAAUACUUCAUGAAAAGUAAAUGUCUGUAUUUGAAAUAUUUUGGUGAGUCCAUGUUUGACAGAGUGAUAUGCAACUGUACGCAAAGAGUUUGUUGUAAUCUUAAAAAAUCGCUAUAUUAUUAUUAUUAUUAUCACUUUCACCUUAUAAUUUAGCAUUAAAAAAUUGGACAAAGUAACUUAUAUCAAAUUAACCGGCACCAGAAUUUAUGUUGAUUAUUGCAUUAAUGUUUUAUGACCUCGGUGAAAUUCGACUCGCAAAUUAACGUUUUCUUAUGGGGAAAUCAUAUUAGUGAUAAACGAUCAGAUUAAAAGUUCAAUUUGCGACCACAUAAUUUAUGUUCUAACGGGUAGUCAUAUAAUUACAAAACAAAAGCAAUGGACUUAAGCAUAUAUGUUUAAUUAGUCAUUUUUCUACUGGUACGAUUAAUGCAUCUAACAAAGAAAUAGACACCCAUCCAUAUUUCAUUGGGGUCACUGAUUAUGUGUGGGAAUUGUUGGUUUCAAUUAUUUUGUGCCGUGUAAAUGUAUAUUCUUAUAUUAUACUCAACAAUUUACCCACUAUAUUGUUUAUAUUUGUCACUAAUCUACAUUGAAAAGUGAUUAGCCUCCUUAUAGUGACAUAAAUGGAUUCUUAGUAGUAUUUACAGUCGUUGGUUAUUAUAUAGAUGUCAGAAAAUUGGCUGUGAAAAUAAAGGAGAACAGUUCUACACAAAGCUAUUAGUAGGGAAACAAACAAAGUGGAUUAGUAUUAUGUAGUUCAAAUUUAGGAUAUUAUUUUAGCGAAAGUUAGUGUUCUUAAAGGUCAAAUUGGAAAUAGUGGGGAAGUAAACUGGUAGUUCAUUUGACUUACCUAUUUCG